CGCUGCCACUUCUUUUACUCUGAUUGGUCAGAUGUGUAGCAGGUCUGUUUAGGGAAACGGCUAGCGAGAAAACAGGAGCUAGUUCGGCUACAAAACGUCUUAUUUAUCCUGUUUGUAGUUAAAAUAAUUAUAUUAAUGAGUUUGAAAUGAAUUUGUUUAUUUUUAUCGCAUUAAUCUUUGUAAGUACACAAGCGGCUCGCAGAAGUGAAGACGACGACUGGGUGCAUUUACCGAAUAAAUGUGAAGUGUGUAAAUUUCUGAGCAUUGAGAUGAAAUCUGCAUUAGACGAAACGGGGAAAACGAAAGAAGUGAUCGAUACAAACUACCGUUUCUUGGACGAUAAAGGAGCAGCAGCACCGAUUAAAUAUGUCAAAUCUGACAUUCGGUUAAUAGAGGUAAUGGAAAGCGUAUGUUCAAGGAUUCUGCAGUACAACUUGCACAAAGAGAGAGAUGGCAGCAAUCGAUUUGCAAAGGGGAUGUCUGAGACCUUUUCCACCUUGCAUAACCUGGUCCACAAAGGCGUGAAGGUUGUUAUGGACAUUCCCUAUGAGCUGUGGAAUGAGACAAGUGCUGAAGUAGCUGACCUCAAGAAACAGUGUGAUGUGAUGGUUGAGCAGUAUGAAGAGGUUAUUGAAGACUGGUAUAGAGGCAGCCAGGAGGAAGACCUGAUGAUACACCUGUGUGAGAAACAUGUUCUGAAAGGACAAGACAAAUCGUGUCUACAAGAAACUUGGGUUGGGAUGAAAGGAGAACCUGCAGCCAUUGCACAAGACAAAAAGAAAAAGAAAAGCAAAAAGAAGGCCAAAGGUGGUGAGCAUAACCAGAACAAGGAGAAAAAGGUAAAGAAAAAGAAAAGUAAGCCGCUUGGUGAACACAGUGACAAGCAGAAAAUGGAAGAAGCCCGGCAGACGUCAGAUGAAGAGACACAGAGGGGUGUUCAUCAGAACAGAACUGAACUCUGAACUGUCUAAAUUAAGUCUGAAAGGUUUGCCACAAAUUGUGUUACAUCUUCUGGAUUGAUUGAUUGAUUGAUUGAUUGAUUGAUUGAUUUUGCAAAAGUUUAUCUUUUCCAUUCAGAUAAGGUAAGGUCCAAGUUUAGGGUGGAAUUUUUCCUCUCAUUUUAUUUCUCCAUCAGAAUGCUGUUAUUAAUGUGAAGAGACCAGGAUGUUAAUUGGGAGUCACUGAAGUGUUAAUGACUUGUAAAUCAUUGAAAACAUUGUGUUUCAGAUAAUGACUUUAUACAGUUUAUUAUUGCAUAUGAGAACCUCUUUAGAUUUGAACAGUUUAUUUUAGAUGCAUAGUUGUAUCAUUAUUUAAUUCUUAUUCUUGUGCUGUGAACUAAAAACCUUUGAAUAAUGCAAUCACAACUUCAGGUCAGUCAUUUUUCUGUAUGUAUUAGUGUGUCAGUGUUACUUUGGAUGCUUCCUAUAUGCUUUUUUUUUAAAGUCAGUGCCCUGGUUAUGACAUGCUGCUAUUAUUAAAGUCGGUGUGUUGUACUUUAGGAGCGAAUAAAAUAUUAUAAAUAUUGCA